GUCUCCAAUAAUGCGACCUUUGGUGGAUUGUUUCGACGCUCGAUGAUAUUCUUGAGUUUGUGGGUGUUUCAUUGUGGCCAUUCUUUCAUUGACCAUGCCCCGGCCCUGUCGCGUCGAGGCGUGCCGCCGCUACAGCAAGAUCGACGGACGUUGUCUUUACCACAUGCGAGAUGUCGACGCGGCUAGAGUGGCCGCCAAGGAGCUGGCUUCGGCUAGCGCAACAGACACGGCAAUGCCAACGACAAACCCAGCCAGUAACUCGAACAACACCGUCCACACCGCCAGUCCCGCCGUGGCCAUUCGGCCGUCGGUGCUAUUGCCAGCUGGGGCAACACCUAGUGGGCCAAUUAAAGCCAGCUACGAAUCCACACGGAACACAACCAGCAGCUCAACACCUGGACCAUAUCCCCAGCAGCAGCACCGUCGAUGGGUCGCCAUUUCCAAAGUCCGCUACCACCACACAGGCUGGAUCAAGUGUUUGGUGCCACACUGCCAUUCCGAAGCCAAACGGUACGAUUUGCUCGGCUACAUCAUACUACGAUAUGUCCUUUAACGAUCCCUUUGUUUACAGACACUUUGCCUUUUGCACGGCGCACGAAAACUCGGUCGUGUGCAUCCACGAACGAACAAAACAGUACUUAUCGACACCCCACCGACUCGCGGCAAGGGACGCCGUACCAGUGGACCGCGUCACGUCGAUGCAAGCACCAGAGCACCACGAACCACCCAAAGACCACAUACUACCCCCCCCCAUGGCAAUGUAUGGAACCGACAUGAGCAACCAUGACAACAAAGCCAUGGCGAUGCCACGACAAAAUUCCACCCGACUCAACCCAAUAGAACUCUAACACCCCCCAUUAAUGUUAUUUACCAAACGAUCCAAU